UUACAACAUGUCAUUGUUCACGAUCAGAAAAAGUGAUGCACAUUAUACAUUAACAAAGGAUGUGCCCACUGUUCAACGUGCUCUUUUUUUAUUGACAACAUUGCUCAGUAAAAAUAUGCCUUUGACCUCAAACUAUGCUGUGUUCAGCACCGGAUCCACCAUACAUUGUAAGAUAGUUUCAUAACCUUCCGGUACAGUGUAAUGUAUCAUCCACACAACCAUAGGCAUGUAAAAAAUAUACUGCAAGUCCCUGUGUAGGUUUUAUUCUGCACCAGCAACAAAGGAGUCCAGGUGCGUAAAAUUCAGAACUUCUCUUUGUUAGGUAUAAAAAAGCAGAGUAUGAAAUAUUUUACUUCAUAAAAAUCAAUUGUGUAGUUGUAUUGUACAAGGUAUGCUAAUGCUUUUUAAUCCACACAGCAAGGGCAAGUAUAGGAUUAAAAAGAUUACCUCUCGAUACUUAUAAUAAUUCUAAACAUAAAGUUUCCAGCUAAAAUACAGUUAUGAUGAAAUACUGACUUAAAGAAAGCUUGGAAAUUGUUGUUAAUGUGGUGCAUGUGCGCGCUAAAUACUGCUGUCAGACCUGCCAGUAUGGAGUGCUUUUAAAUCAUACCGAAUGAGCAGAGUCAAGUAUUAAAAUGAGUGAAGAUGGAGGAAAUGGGCUGUGCUGACUAGUAUACCCUCACUAAUCUUAUUUGUUCAGUGUGGUUGACUCUUGAGCUGGUGUGGGAAAAUGUUUCUGGAAGACCUUUGAAGCCACAAAGUCCCUCAUUAAUAUACGCAAAUUCAUACAUACCAAACAUCCAGGAUUUCCAAGGUGCCUUCUUUUAGAGAGCAAACGUGUUCAGAGUUUAGCUCAGCAGGGACACUUGCACCCUCAGCUAUGAAUAGGCUGAUGACAACUUAUGAGACAUUACCUUUGUCCAAGGCUUCAUUUCCCUCUCAGAGUAUUCACCGAACAAGGAAAUCCAGACUGUGGACUUCCAUUGCCAAGAUGAUCACUCACAUGUCACUGUGCAAAUUUUUUCCUUUAUUUCUAUUGGGAGUUGUGGUGUUUGUAAUGAGCGGGAUCGCCGGAGACCCCCUGUAUGAAUGCCUUCAAGAUGCCGACUAUAGUGAGCUCCUAGAUAUUGUGGAUAAAGGACUCCCCUCCACAAAGACACCUCAACACGUAGCGAUUAUUGGUGGGGGCAUUGCUGGAAUAACCGCAGCCAAGUUUUUGCAAGAUGCCGGCCAUAAGGUCACCAUAAUAGAAGCCAGUCACCGUAUUGGAGGACGCAUUGAGACCUUUAGGAAUACAAGAGAAGGCUGGUACGCAGAGGUGGGCGCCAUGCGCAUCCCCAGCUUUCAUAAGAUUCUGCUCUCCUUUGUCUCCAAAUUAAAAAUCCCCUUGAACCAUUUUGUCCAAGAUGACAUGAACACCUACUUUUUGCUAAAUGGGAAACUUCAUAAAAACUUGGCUGUGGCAAACAACCAUGAUGUGCUGAAUUACACCCUGAAUGAGGGAGAGAGAGGGAAAUCAGCUGCACAGCUCUUCAGUGAGACUCUGUGGAAGGUGCGAGAUGAUCUUCAGACAAGUGGCUGUAGUGCAAUGUUGGAAAAGUAUGACUCCUACACAGUGAAAGAAUACUUGGUGAAAGAGGGCAAUCUGAGUCGUGGUGCGUUGCGGAUGAUUGGAGACAUCCUGAAUGAAAACAGCCUCUUUUACACAUCCAUGCUAGAGAUGCUUUACGUCCAGUCCGACAUCAGCUUUUCUUCCAGGUACUACGAGGUCACCGAUGGCUUUGACCACCUCAUAACGGCUUUCUACGGCAUGUUGAACGCCACAACCCUCCUCAACUCCAGGGUCAAACUCAUUAACCAAUCAGGAGGCAGAAACGUGACUGUGACAUACCAGGACGUGCGUACUCCAGGUUUGCUGACUAACCUGACGGUGGACCAGGCACUGAUUACAGCCACAGCCAAGGCAACCCUCCUGAUUGACUUCCAGCCAGCGCUUUCUGCGGACAAGAUGGAAGCCCUACGCUCAGUUCACUACGCGAGUUCCACCAAAGUGAUACUGAGCUUCAUGGAGCGCUUUUGGGAGAAAGAGGGCAUCAGGGGAGGGAAGAGCAUCACAGACCGACCAUCACGCUUCAUUUAUUACCCCAGCCACAGUUUCCCAGGAACAGACGCAGGGGCUCUGCUCGCAUCGUACACUUGCUCUGACGAUUCCACCCUCUUUCAAGGUGUGAGCGAAGACGAGCUGAUGGCUGUGGUCCUGGACGAUUUGGUUAAGAUCCAUGGAGAGGAUAUCAGGUCUCUAUUUACUGGUGGACUGGUGAAGAAGUGGGGCUUGGACCCCUACAGCUUGGGUGCAUUUGCCCUGUUCACACCCUACCAGGGCCUUUAUGCCAGAGAACUAUUCCAGAGCGAGGGACGUGUGCACUUUGCUGGAGAACACACCGCUUUACCUCACGGCUGGAUAGAAACUUCCAUGAAAUCUGCUCUCAGAGCGGCCAAAAAUAUUAAUAGCCUCACAAUUCAACCCUAAUCAGUUGGGGAAGAAAAUAAUUUAAAAUCGUCGCAUUUUAUUUGUCACGGUCAAUUGUAUUCCAUAGGUAUAUAAAGUUGUAAUAUUUAAACAAGCAAUUAUAUUUAAAUACACCAGUGAUCACUUUUGAAGUGAAUUUGUUACAAUGACUCUUUGCCCCAACUUUCUGUUUCAGAAAUCUGAGAAUUCAAUCAAGUGGAAUAUUUCAGCAUACAGAAUCACAUGUUCAUUAUCGCUUGCGAGGAUAAGCGGUUUAGAUAAUUGCUUGAUGUUCUUGCAUUUUGCAAUUGGGUAACUAUUGGUUGUGACCUUCUUUAAAAGAUUACGUUCAGUUCAAAAUCAACUGAGAUAAUAAGAUGAGCUCUACGAAUUUACACA